ACUGACAAGUUGUCAGAACUGCUGCUGCGGCAGAGUCACCGUCACGCUAUUCAGUUUCAGAAUUGGGCGCAAAAAUAAUUACAGCCUUAGUGCAGCCUGCAAGCUCAAGAAAUAAAAGCACGAAUUGGGAGCUGAGCCACACUCAUUUAAACAGAGAAUACAGGCCCAGUCUCCUCAAUCUCUUCUCAUAGGACAAUCCCACCAUCCUGGGCUUAGUUUGGUGAAACUUCUUAACACUCCCUCUAUGGCAGUAUAUUCUUCCUCAGGAGUGCUCUGGGAGAUUUCUCAGCCAUUUGGACCAGAGCCCGUUUCUUCUUUAACUUCAAGCGACAGCAUAUCUAUGUCGAGCUUUGGAAGCCAUCUCAAUGAGGGAUCUGCAGCAGCGGGGCAGACGCACCUUCAUGCAUUGAACCAAGUGGACACAGAUCUCCCACAAGGAAUUGCUGCUGAAGAGACUGAACCAGUGACAAUGGAAGAUGAUUCAUUGCAUCAACUUGAGGAAUUGCCAUUUCUCUUCCCUGUGCCAGAGGUUGCCCCCUCAGACUAUUCUGAUGUGGUUUGGUGGUUUACAUCUUGUGGAGCUAGCGGCCCAAAUGGUCCUACUCAGGCACAGUGUGACAAUGCCUACCGCCACACAAACGUCUCUGUGAGUCUACAAUCAGAGGGACCCCUCAAGGGCAUCCAGACUUGGCAGAUUCCAGCCACUAGCAAAUACGUGGUGUCGGCUUAUGGAGCUGCUGGUGGGAAAGGAGCCCGGAACAGCAAUAAGAGGUCACAUGGAAUUUUCAUUUCAGCCAUCUUUCAUCUGGAGAAGGAUGAUCUUAUUUAUAUCCUGGUUGGACAGCAAGGAGAAGACGCCUGCCCGGGGAAAGAUGUCAUGACCCAGAAGAUAUGCUUGGGAGAAUCUUCCAUCAUCGAAGAUGAAUAUAAUGCUAAUAAUGCCCUGUCAGAAUGGGCAGGAGGUGGAGGUGGAGGUGGAGGAGCCACUUAUAUCUUCAAGAUGGAGAAUGGGGUUUCAGUGCCGCUGUUGAUUGCAGCCGGUGGGGGUGGAAAAGCAUAUUUGGAGGACCCAGAUGCCAUAAUGGAUGAUCUGAUGGUGGAGCAAUAUGAAAAUGACACGUCAGUGCCUGGAUUCAACGGCCAAACAGGGGCAGCAGGUGGAGGUGGUGGUUGGAAUGACAUCACCAAGCAUCCCUGGGCAGGAAAGUCUCUCAUGGAAGGCGCAAGUGGGGGCAGUGCAUGUCCCCAAGCUCUGAAGAAGCUGAAAUGGGCAACGCAUGGAGGCUUUGGAGGGGGUGGUGGGGCAUGCACGUCAGGAGGAGGAGGUGGUGGAUACAGAGGCGGAGAUGCAUCUUUAGCUGAUGGGAUCACAGCGGACGGCUAUGAUGGAAUUUCAUUUGUCAAUCAGGCUGGAGAGAUCUACCUCCACCCAUUGGCAGCCAUGGAAAGUCACGGAGAAGCUGAAAUUCGGAUCCAUAUCAACUGCAGUCAUUGUGAGUCGGACAACUGUGUACGGGACCAGGAGUCCAAGAAGAUAGUGUGUCUGUGCCUGGGUGGCAAAGUUUUAGCCAAAGAUAAUGUUACCUGUACAGUUGCCGGAGGCGCCAACCCAGAAGGCCAUCUUCCUUUCUCCCUCAUAAUUGUCGUGGUUAUGUCCACCAUUGUUACUGGUGUAGUUCUAACCUGUGCUGGACUUGCUCUCAUUUACUAUCGCAAGAACAACCGGUUCCAGGCAGUGAGGGUGAAGCUGCAGAGCCCUGAAUACAAGCUGAGUAAGAUCAGAACCUCUACCAUCAUGACCGAUUAUAAUCCAAACUAUUGCUUCGCUGGCAAGGUGGCAUCACUUAAUGAACUCAAGGAAGUGCCCAGGAGAAACAUCUCCUUGCUGAGGGCUCUUGGUCAUGGUGCUUUUGGUGAAGUGUAUGAGGGUCACGUGGUUGGAAUUAGUGGAGAGUCUGUCCCUUUACAAGUGGCAAUCAAGACCCUUCCAGAAAUCUGCUCCGAACAAGAUGAAAUGGAUUUCUUGAUGGAGGCUUUGAUUAUCAGCAAGUUUAACCAUCAGAACAUUGUCCAAUGUAUUGGUGUGAGUCUCCAAGCUUUGCCUCGAUUUAUCCUUCUAGAGCUCAUGACUGGAGGGGACAUGAAGACUUUCCUCCGCGAAAACAGGCCAAAAGCUACACAGACAUCUACAUUGACAAUGCUGGACCUUCUGAACAUGGCCAAGGAUAUAGCUUGUGGCUGCAAAUACCUGGAAGACAAUCAUUUCAUCCAUAGGGACAUUGCAGCAAGAAACUGUUUACUAACCUGCAGUGGGCCCAGGCGAGCAGCCAAAAUUGGAGACUUCGGGAUGGCUCGAGAUAUUUAUAGGGCAAGCUACUAUAGGAAAGGCGGGCGUGCCAUGCUGCCAGUCAAGUGGAUGCCUCCAGAAGCUUUCCUUGAAGGAAUCUUCACAUCAAAGACAGACACAUGGUCAUUUGGUGUGUUGCUGUGGGAAAUUCUGUCACUUGGAUAUAUGCCAUACCCCUGCAAGAGCAACCAGGAAGUCUUGGAGUUCGUAACCAGUGGUGGAAGAAUGGAUCCACCCAAGAACUGCCCAGGGCCUGUAUAUCGGAUUAUGACCCAGUGCUGGCAGCACCGACCUGAAUACCGGCCAGAUUUCUCUGCCAUAUUGGAAAGAAUUAACUAUUGUACACAGGAUCCGGACAUUGUCAACACUCUCCUUCCUGUUGAGUAUGGACCCAUGUCAGAGGAUGAAGGAAAUAUGGUGGUGCGUCCCGACAGCUCGAGCGACAUGACCCCGUUAAGGGUUAGCCCAAGUAUUGCACCUCAAGCUGCCAAUCAGACGUCUGAGUUAUUGCACUCUGGACCGAAGCUUCAACGUCCUCAGGAGCUACCAAAGAGAGAGAGCUUUGGCACCAAGGUAGACAGCGGCCACCAAAUAGCCUCAGUUGGCGGCCACUGGCUUUACCAAGAUACCGGAGCCAAUCACUACUCUGAAGCAAUAUCUCAGCAAGGGCAGAGGCUGAAAAACCAGACCAAAACCUUGUGGAAUCCAACUUAUGGCUCUUGGGUCUCUGAGAACUACAACAGAACUGCAACAAUGUCAGUGUCAGAGGUGGAUGAGAAGGCCCUGGGCACCCCUGAGCAGGAGGAUUCAGGCUUAGAUUGCAACAGCAGCUCUCCACCCAGCUCCCGGGAGUCCCCUUCUCCGGGCAGCCACUACCCGGCUCUGGAAAUCGAAGGGCCAGCACUGGUCAAAACGCAGAGCUUCCCUUGUGGAAACAUAAAUUAUGCUUACGAUGGCCUUGUGUAUGAUUCUGAGGGCACACAGGUAUCAUCAGACACAAGUGAUGAGGAUGGUUCCAGGCAGAAGAUGCUACCUCUCAAUAAGGAAAUGCAUUGCCUUUGCAACCCAGAGAAGUCAGCAAGAGAUCGCGAUUCAGGCCUGUCACUGUCUGAAGACCUCAGCAUCACCCCUGUAUAAAAACUACCAAUGACCUGAGGCACAUGUGAAAUUGCAUGGAUUGGUCGAGUUCAGUUAGAACUUAAAAUAAGUUAAGAGACACAUUUCCAUUUGUCACUAUAUCUGGAUUGUAUUGUAAGCUUCCUCCAAGGUCAGUAAAUCCUGAUGAGGCUCAAGCUAGGAGAUAAGCUACCUCAUCAGGUCAAAAGACCAUUAGACCCAACACAGGACUCUCUCACUCAGUUCAUUUUUCUUUAAUACUGAUAAGGCUGAUAGGAACUGUAUGUAUUCCAGAAGAUGGGAUCUCUAACCUGGACUUUGAAGCCUUGUCUUGCUGGCAGUUUCCACAGUUGGUCCUGCAAAUCCUCCUCCUUGUAGAUGGUACACUCGGCUAAACGCUUUGUCCUUAAUGGAACAGACCAGCGAAGAACUGAUGAAUCUCACCGAACAGAAGGAAGCAGCUCAAAUGCCAGCCAAGGCUAAAAUUCAAACCUUUGACCCCAGCAGUUGAACAGUGUACCCACGGAGUGGGCAAGAGCUGCUGCUGGAACUCAUGAGCCCGUUUUAUGGGGGAAAUCUAUUUGUACAGAUUGGGAUUACAGUUUAUACUGAAAGUCUAACACUGGAACCUCUAAGUAUCGAGACCAACUCAUUUCCCAAUUAUUAGGACCAGUUUUAAGGAGCUGUCUGUCUGAAAUCACUGUGAGGUGCAGUUUUGUCGCUGCUUAUCACACUUAGAUGUGCUUUGGGGAUUAUUGGUGUGCAUCAUGCAUUCCUGUAAAUAAGAAAACCAUAUUGUCAAGAAGAUAUGGGGCAGAAUUUUUAGGUUGGUCAGUGGGUGCGAUCGCCAGGCCCGGAAUCGGCUGGGGAAUGGACCGCUGACCGUGAGACGUGAACUGUAGAGCUCAGCGC